CGCAACUCGCGUUGAGCCGUUCAUGCGCGGGUCAGCCAAUCGAGAAUGGUCUGUGGCCUGUGUUUCGAAACGCCGAGCCCAAGCCCGCUCAAGCCAUGUGUGCGUGCAUGCUCGCUCGUCUAUCCAAUCCACAAGAAACCUUGCUGACGAAAGCCAAUCGAUUGCGAAAUCCACCCAGCCCACUUUUACCCCGCAGGCAGGGAGCGGUUCGCUCGACCCUGAUCGUGAUGAAAGGAAUUGAGAUGGCUGGAGGGAGAGGUCACAAGCGCGUCAUUUUGCUUCGCAUUCCCAACCACCUCCUUUUCUCAUUGCACAGCAUAUCCGAUGGAGUUCGCAUUCCAUUCCUCGGGGCCGGCCGACCAUCAUCGUUGACAUCCAAGGAAUGCGGACCAAUCCCGGCCGUGGCCCUACAGGUCGCAGAAACGGUCAGCAGGACAUCGCAGGGGCACAUCGGCAUGAAUUGCAGCGACUAUUCUUGCUUUUACCAUGGCAAUGACGGAGGACGCCGUAAGCGCCGUGCCCUGCACUCCUCGAUAUCGCUGCUAUCGAGCGAUAGGCUUGAUAUUUUGAGAUGGAGGGGCAGUAGAAAAGCUGUGUGAUGUGGGGAGCAUUCAUGCAUCUGGCGGUUGCUUCCCCACCACAUCGUCAUAUCGAAACGCCGAAGCGUCUCAUCACACUUACUCGGCAUAUGCUCAACCUUGGAAUAACCAGCAAUGGCGCAAAGUCACCAGAGACGGCGUUUUGGCUGAUACGCAAGCCGCAUAACUUGCUACACAUUCGAUGCGAUCCUACUGUCCCUCAUCCCAAAUAGGCAAGCGAGCCUGGACCGACGAAGCGGGGUUCCUUGCUUCGCUGCAGUCAUCCACGUGCCGAGCGAUCAACUCCGCC